UUUUGGGAGGUGAUCAGCGAUGAGCAUGGCAUCGACCCAGUGGGGCAGUUCGUCACUGUGGGUGAAAACAGUGUGAUGCAGCUAGAGAGGAUUAACGUCUACUACAACGAGGCUUCGGGGGGCCGCUACGUACCUCGAGCAGUGCUUGUGGACCUUGAACCGGGGACAAUGGAAGCGGUUAGGUCUGGGCCUAUGGGCAAGAUCUUCAGACCUGAUAAUUUCGUCUUUGGUCAAAGUGGAGCUGGCAACAACUGGGCCAAAGGUCAUUAUACAGAAGGAGCUGAAUUGGUGGACUCUGUUAUGGACGUGAUGAGAAAGGAGGCAGAGAACUGUGACUGUCUACAGGGCUUCCAGUUGACUCACUCGCUGGGUGGUGGAACAGGCUCUGGGAUGGGUACACUUCUCAUAUCAAAAAUCCGUGAAGAAUAUCCCGACAGGAUUAUGAACACGUUUUCUGUUAUCCCUAGUCCAAAAGUGUCUGAUACAGUUGUGGAGCCGUACAACGCCACCCUCUCUGUGCACCAACUGGUAGAGAACACCGACGAAACCUUCUGCAUCGAUAACGAAGCGCUCUAUGAUAUCUGCUUCAGAACACUCAAGCUCACGUCUCCCUCUUAUGGUGAUCUCAACCACCUAGUCUCGGUGACCAUGUCUGGUGUUACAACAUGUCUGAGGUUUCCCGGCCAGUUGAAUGCAGAUCUGCGCAAGCUUGCGGUCAACAUGGUCCCCUUCCCUCGCCUCCACUUCUUUAUGCCAGGAUUUGCUCCUCUCACUUCCAGAGGGUCGCAGAGUUACAGAGCUCUAUCAGUUCCCGAGUUGACACAACAGAUGUUUGACAGCAAGAACAUGAUGACUGCGUGUGAUCCUCGUCAUGGUCGCUAUCUCACUGUUGCUGCCAUCUUCAGAGGAAAGAUGUCUAUGAAAGAAGUAGAUGAACAGAUGUUAGCAGUCCAGAACAAAAAUUCCAGCUAUUUUGUGGAGUGGAUUCCAAACAAUGUGAAGGUUGCUGUAUGUGAUAUUCCACCCAAGGGCCUGAAGAUGUCUUCCACAUUCAUUGGUAAUUCUACCGCGAUACAAGAGAUCUUUAAGCGGAUUUCAGAGCAGUUCACAGCAAUGUUCCGGCGGAAAGCCUUCCUGCAUUGGUACACGGGGGAGGGUAUGGACGAGAUGGAAUUUACCGAGGCAGAGUCCAACAUGAAUGACCUGGUGUCAGAGUAUCAGCAGUAUCAAGAGGCAUCAGCGGAGGAUGAGGAAUACGUUGAUGAGGAGCCAUCUGAAGAGGAAACCACGCAUGCAGAGGAGGCUCAAGACGAAGCAUAGAUAGUGUAAUAUUACAUUUAAAGACUUGAAACCUGUGUGUACAGUAAAGUGCCAAAAGACAGUGUACUGAAGUGGUUAGUUUAAUUUAUUGAAGAACUUCCAAUAUGAUAAUGUGAAGUGAAUAAUGUUAUUGUUAUCUUUAUUUUCAACAAGUCAUUGCACAACUGCAAUGUAAAUUGUACCUUUACCUCCAGUCAUACAAGUACAAUAUUCAAAGUGUUGACUACAAGUAAUAUGGUGGCAUUAAAAGUGAACUGAAUAUGGAUUUAAAUACAUCUUAAGUGUCUAAAUUGCAAUGUCAGUAAAGUUGCAAUAUUUUUGUUUAUAUCCGUUUAGUUAUUUCAUUAACAGUAAUAGUUUACUCUAGUCGGUAGACAUACGCAUCAAACCAAAUUAAAUUUUCCCCCAUUCAUUAUUUACAUUUUUGUUUUGGAUUAACUAGACUUUUUAGCAAUAUUUUGGUAAGCCACAAAAGUUAUUGAUAAAUGCUCAUUUGCACAUUUAAUGAUUUAAAAUUUAGUAGCAAGUGUGAAAUUCUCAAGUGGUUAUAUCAAAAAUAUAAUUCCUGGAGUAAAUUUCAAAAUAAAAUACUCUUAUUAAGAGCAGUGGAGCAAUAUUUCUUACUUUGCUGAGAAGUCUUAAUUUAUUUUACUUUUGAGGAAAGACAAGUAGCCAAUAUGUUUUUGGAGUAGAGCCGUGCGACAGCUGACUCUGAUUGAGACUGUUUGAGGUCUCAGUGCUUAGUUUUUGCUCUUUCAGCUGGAAUUAUUUUGUUAAAUUUGGAAUAAAAAUACUUUAAA